AUGUUAACUUCGUCCUGCGCCAGCGACGAGGACCAUUUCCGCCAAAGACUUGACUCCAUCAACAAGGAGAUGCAGGCCAUCAUUGCACGCACGGCGGUGGAGCGUGAUAGGCUCUACCGCAAUAGCACCAUGGCGUCGCCGCCGUGGAGCAUCACAGACGCCACUGCGACGGAAGCGCCAGAUCCCGGGUCUCCCUUCAAUGCGCCUCUUACGUAUUCGACAUCAGCUAUUUGCGCCCCCUCGCCUGCGGGGCUGGAUGAGGCGGCUGUGCGGCGCCUCAUUGCCGAUGAGAUGAAGUCGUGGAAAGGGGUUUUUCAAACGAUGCUCACUGGCGCCACGAAGGGUGUGAGCAACACGAUGAAACAACGCUUAGAGGAGGUGAGCAAGUCUCAUCUAGAGCUGGUGGAAUCACUAAAAGAAGCCACGGAAGUCUACUCACGGGGUUUGGGGGAGAUGCAGAGCGCAUUCAAGCGACUUCAGCGAGGUGCGAAGCUUCCUGUAGAGGAUCUUUCUAGAGAAAUGGAAGAACAUUUCAAAACCGUCACGGCUGAGCAGAAUCAUCUUCGGGAUGCCGUUUCCGCUUUGCAAAAUGAGUCAAGAAUUGAGCAGCAACGCGGAGACCGCCGUGUCGAUGAACUCGUUCGUCGUCACCAUGAUUUGGUGCGAAAUUCUUUGUUAGAGCUAGAUUCUCACGUUGCUGGCCUUCGGGAUGAAUUGGAGCAAAUGGUGCGAACGCAGACCCGAAAAACCUCCGAGGAGUGCGAUGCGAUGCAUCAGCAUGUCGCACGCCUUCACGGGGCGCUGGAGGCGACGAACGACACCACCACAAAGUGGGCCGCAGAGCUGAGGAGCCUGAUGGAGGAAAACAUGUCCUUUCGGAGCGAGGUGCGUUCGUGUCGCAGUGAUUUUAAUCGUCUGGAGAUGCUCCUGCACGGUGUGCCAGUUGGUGGCCGAGACGCCGGGACCAUUUCUGGGGUACCGGAGAGUCCGCCUCGGGACGAUUCUGGCGGGGCCAUGCGCGGCGUUGAGGUUCCUCGAGGGGAAUUCUUGGAACUCAAGGGACGCGUAAAUUUUCUCCAGGGACAAAUGGAGAGAAUGGAUCGGCAGGUGGCAGCUAUGGAUGCGGCGUUGCAUCGUCUGUUUGCCGCCGGCGGAGGCCACGGCAGCGGUGAGAGUGUGGGAGGGUCCCGUGCCCCGUAUGCUUCGCAUCCGGGCACGAUGGGUGGGGAGGCGAACCAGCAGGGCCCGCUGGAUUCGAGGCGGUUUGCCGUGGGCACAAGUCCCCAGUCAACGUACGACAUGUCACCACUGAGCGUGCGGGAGCUUCAGCAGCGGCAACAACAACAGAUGAUAAUGCAGAAAAAUCAACAAUACCGUCAGCAGCAGCAACCGCAACAAGUGAUGGGGGCAGACGGUCAACGUGGCGUGAGUCCAACGGCGGGAACGAGCGGAGAUUUGUCACGAGGAGGGGGAUUGUCACCACCGGGCCCGUCGGCCUCUCCACCACUGCCGGUGCAGUCGUGGGAGGCUCAGCACGCAAAUCAUGGUCAGGGGCUACGACAACAACAGCAGCAGCAGCAACGGCAACCUCAGCGUGAUCAACAAAGCCCAAAGAGCGCCGAACAAGUUGCCCGUUACUCUUCUGCCUUGUCAUCCCCAGGGGAAAUGGGGCGGACCUUGGAAAAUAAAGAUGCUCCUCCAGCGAGUUCCUCUGAACGCUUUUCGGGCGUACGGCAGGGGCGACCCCACGAAUCUCAUGACGAUUGCAGCACGACGGCAACGUGUAGAGGGUCAGGAAAAUGCACGCCUGCAACCCGUGGGUCUGAGGCGUCAUCCAAGGCCGCCAGUCCAUCGGAUUCCUACGUAUCGGACGGCGCCGGGGAGGCCAAGAAGGAAGCCAGCUCCAUGCAGUACCUGCCUGCGCCCUCCAGUGACGUCGAGAGUGAGCUUGACAACAAGAAGAUGGCUCGGUUGGCGUUAGACUGA